GCUGUGUUCCCUCAGUUGAGACGCUAAACUUGGGUGUGUAAGUAAGACAGUACGAGGUGAUAAACCCUCAAAUCAAAGUAUCUUCUUCCAGUCAACUUGUUCUCAUGGCUUCUUCAUUCUCAACGCAGUUGGUCCAAAGUCAGAACCUUCUUCCUCGUUUUCAUCAUAUCCAGGGUAAUUUUAGCCAAGAUGUAUCGAAGGUUCGACGGUCACAUGUGGUCUGUAGCAGUAUCCGAUCUCAGCUUGGUUGCAGUAAAACAUUGGCAUCACGAUCUCAUUAUGCUGCCAAGUUUCCUGUCACUCUAAAAUCUGAAGGAAAAUCAACCACAUUUAGGAGAAUGACAUGCAAUGCUAAGGAAAGUGCUCUGGAGCUGCAAGCCAAAGUGACAAGCAAAGUUUUCUUUGAUGUAACAAUUGGGGGUGAAGCUGCUGGCAGGAUUGUUUUCGGCCUAUUUGGAGACGUCGUUCCAAAAACAGCAGAGAAUUUCCGAGCUUUGUGCACAGGAGAAAAAGGAUAUGGUUUCAAAGAUUGCUACUUCCAUCGUAUAAUCAAAGAUUUCAUGAUUCAGGGAGGGGACUUCACUGAAGGAAAUGGAACUGGUGGAAUCAGUAUCUAUGGUGCUAAAUUUGAAGAUGAGAAUUUUUCUUUGAAACAUGUUGGUCCUGGAGUUUUAAGCAUGGCAAAUGCCGGUCCUAAUACCAAUGGUAGUCAAUUUUUUAUUUGCACUGUACAGACUCCAUGGUUAGACAAUCGGCAUGUUGUGUUUGGGCAUGUCAUUGAUGGAAUGGAUGUUGUGAGGACACUUGAGUCACAGGAGACAAGCAGGUCAGAUAACAGCCCCCGGAAGCCAUGCAAAAUAGCAAAUUCUGGAGAACUUCCUUUAGAGGGUUGAUCUUAACAUUGAAAUGUACUACAUUUUCUGACUAUCAAUUACGAUUCUGUUGAGGGUUUUAGGGGAUUAAGGGUGUUGAUCUAUGCAAUUUUAUGAGUUUGAAUUGUCAUUUUUAUCUGCUGAAGGGAAAUUCGGAUGUCACUAAAUGUGCGUUUAGUGAAUUAUCAUUAGGAGGGAUACAGCACCACAUUUUGUAUUCCUAGACUUGUACGAAAUCUGUAAUAAACACAGUAAAUGUCUUUUUCUCUUAUAAUUUCAUGCUUCUGCAAUUUGCAUA